GGGAAAAUACGCAACCAAGUCACAGCAUUGCUUGUGUAAAGCUAUCCAUCAGUAAUAGGGUUAGAACUUGCACAGCUGUAAAAAAAAAAUCCACACAUUCUCUCAAAGAGGCACAAAGUGACCCAUGUAUUUUACAUGCUUUCUAAAUGAUCAUUGCUUUCUAAAUGCACAGGAUUUACCUUCUUACCCUUGUGGCUUUUCUCACUCUGUCUGCCAACCCAAUGAAAAUUCAGCAUCAUCACACUACCAGACUCCAGGACUGGGACUUGGCUAGCAGAGAGAUACGUGACAGAUCUACCUAGCGUGGGCAUGGUUGUCCUAUGGCAGACUGAUGUUUCAUCUAGCACAGCCUCUGGUAGCCCAAAACCCCCAGAAUUUAGGGGACUACACAAGAGCAGUAGUGAGCAGUACCUUUUUGAGAAUUUUUUCCAGUGUGCAGCAAGCUGUGGGUGUACGAUUUUCUGAGCAACACACUGCCCCUGCAUGCUUGCAGGGGAAUUAUUUUUUACCCCUGAACAAAUUAGUUUAUUUCCUGGGUAACCCUGAGCCACUGUGUAACGCCACUGUCUGUAACACCACUGUCUGGCUGUUCAAGUAUGGAGACCACAAAGAGCAUGCAGGCUGUGCAUGCUGUUGGGCUCUGUGCCAAACCUCCCAACAACUACAGUAGGGAGUCCCUCUCUUUGUCUCUUUUUGGGUGAGGAAGCUCAGGCAAGACAGUUGAUCAUUCUGCAAGGGCCCUGCCAUACCUCUAUUCCCCUCUACCUUCCCUGCAUUUUUGUUAAGGCACAGAGGCAUUCCACCAGGAUUUAUUUCUAGGCAGCUCUCACCAACCUCUUCCCUCGGUUUCCCUCUCUCUUUUACUCAGCUUCCCCAUUCCCACCAGCUUGUUGUUUUUACAUAAUGCUGCUGUAACUUCUGACGGGAUGAAGACCUGUCUUCACUUCUCCUUUCUGGAGCAAGCGAACUGCCCAAAAGCCUGGAGUGUCUGCAAGCUGCAGAAAAUCCUGCCCCCUGUCUGGUGUGGAUGUUUGCAGUCCAGUUACAAAAGCCGCAUGUUUGCGUUAUGUUAAUCCCCUGGCUUUGGCUAUGCUGGCCAGGCAGGACCUAUCACAGCAUGGAGAAUGACAUCAUUUGGAAAAAGGGCUGCUGCACAAGGCUGCCAGAGGCUGUGCAACAUCCCUCCCCUUUUAUAGGGGAUGGCCACUACAUGUCAGCAGGAGCAGGCUGCUUUAUCAAUUUGAAUAGUUUUAGUCACCAUAGAAAUUGUAACAUGAUGCAGUGCAAGACAAGGAAAUAUGUGUAACCCUCCUCUUUGGCAGGCUGCAGUAGUGAUAUAAUAUCAUAAAUCCUGUGUUCAUUAAACUCUGUCACCUAGAGAUUUGUUUCAUCUUAAUGCAUGCAUUGUUUUUUACUUGCCCUAAUCUGCCUUUUACAAAUAGUGGCAAGAAAUACCAGGAAAGCGUAACUGAUACGAUGCUGCAUGCAAGCUCACCCACAUGCUACUUGUGAUCGGCGCAAGGAGCUGCAGAGACAUAAAAUGCAGGAUGACUGGGCUACUUAGUGAAUGCUUCCAGCUCACUAGUGCUGAAAUGCCAUAAAGCAUCCUGCAUUCUGAAACCAGCACAUGACUCUCAGCAUCGCCAUUCUGCCCAAUUCUCCCCUUACGGACGCAGUUACAAAAACGGCAGCUAAGUACAGACGUAUCCCUGGCAUGCUGUCAGGCAGCCUUGCUGAAGGAAAUUUUUUUUUCCCCGUGCAAGCUGCCAAGGUGGACUCCUUAGCUCCUGCGAUAGACUGAAUGAGACUGCAGUUCCCCCAUCAAUUUCAUAAUAGUCAGAAAGCAUCCAUUUACAUCAUUGUGUGCAGUGCAGGGCAGCAGCUGCCAGGAAAUUUGAAACUAUUUUGAUUCCAGUUGACUAGAACAGCAGCAAUUGAAUUAGCUGGUAUCGCUAUAGAUAAACUGAUGAUCUGUGCAUUUUAUUUCUUUGACCAAUGGGUAACUGCUGGAGCUACAGUAAUCUCUGUAGUGGCCAGGGAAGCAGCAGUUUGCCUUCUCACACCAUCAUCAAUGAAUUUCCAGAGUACGGCACUGUAGAGUCAAGCAGACAGGUGGCAGUGGCUCCACCAAUGUGCCAGGCUGAGCCUGUAACACGCAGUCCAGAAAGACGGGACAGCCACCACCGUGUCAGGCCUGUGCUUCAGCAUGCGGCUCCCACAGAUAAUCCAAGGCCUGAUGCAGGGGCAUCGCAGCUUCACACCCCAGAAGAAGGUUUGCAACCUGCAGGUAAACUGCCAGAGAUUAUGAAAAUCUCUCGACGGCUAGAAGCAACAAAGGUGCAAGAAAGAGCAAAUACUUCUCUCCAUUCAGAGACGCAAAUGGAAAAAAAGAGUCUUACUGGCAGCCAAAAUUUGCAGACAGCCAGAGAUCCAGUUCCAUCAGGCCAAGAAAAGCUCUCAGACAUGCUUCUUCCAUCUGAACGAACAGCUGAGGGAAAAAAGCAUUUGAUCAUGGAGAAGGAUCUGGCUUCAAUAUGGGCUGAAGAAAAGCAGUCCAAAUCCUCACAAGUUAUAAGUAAUAAAGCAGAGGAGGUCCACGCAGCUCAGGAACCAAGUUGUCACAAACCAUCUGUGACAAACCUGGAAGCAGUCAGCAGAGUGGAGAGGGGGACACAUUCUGAGGGGUUUUCAGAGUACAGUCAAGGCAAAAUGCAAACAGGUCCUGAGAGAAGGCUUGCUAAAGAGGCAGCUGUGAGUAAACAUGUAGAAUUUCAAGGUGUGGAGAUCUUAGGGCUGCAAAAAGCUGAGGAGCAGAAAAGAAAGAAGCAAUCGCUGCUGGACUCUGUGUCUGCGGAGAAGAAGGCAUUCCCCAAAACAUCCAGCCACCCUGUGUCACCAGUGGUCUCCCCGGCCUUGGUUUCUUUGCCAGACAGUGCGUGGAGUGAGGUCUGUGAAGACCCAAGGCUGGGACCUACUGCCUCUGGAGCCACUCCUCUAGCACUGCUCAAUGAAAGUGGGAAAGAUGAAGUUUCUGUGAAGGACAGGAAGAACUGUGGUGAGGAGGAGAUGGCUGUGCUUGCAAGAGGCCAGGGCAGGAUGGUGGAGGAGGGGGAAGCAGCCACAGGAGGAUACAAAGAUUUCCUUGGGCAGAGGCACUCUGAUGUCUCCACUGAUCUGUACAGCUCACAGUUUGAAAACAUCCUGGACAAUGCAUCUUUGUACUACAGUGCAGAAUCGCUGGAGACAUUGUACUCGGAGCCUGAUAGCUACUUCAGUUUUGAGAUGCCACUCACUCCCAUGAUCCAGCAGCGUAUGAAGGAGGGUGGACAGUUUUUAGAUAGGACAUCGGCCUUGGGGCAGACAGAUGUCCCCGACAGGGAAGUGAAGGGAUGUGGUGAAGGCAUCGCCAAUGGCUUAAGGGAUGCAAGUGAAACACUCUUCAAAGGAGAUGUCACAGAAGUCCCUCAUCUGGAAAGCAAUGUUGAACGACAGAAUGUGAUGUUAGACUCCAGUGCAGCCAUGGGGAGCAAUGAACUUCAGGAGAAAGAUGCCACUGGAGCCCCUGGCCACAAUCUCAGCAAUGGCAGCAGCAGCAAUUUGGAAGCAGCCAGGCGCCUGGCUAAGCGCCUCUACCAUCUGGACAGAUUCAAACGCUCUGAUGUGGCAAAACAUUUGGGUAAAAACAAUGAAUUCAGCAAGCUUGUGGCCGAAGAGUAUCUUAAAUUUUUUGACUUCACAGGCAUGACGCUGGACUGUUCACUCAGGAGUUUCUUUAAGGCCUUUUCACUUAUUGGAGAAACUCAGGAACGAGAGAGAGUUUUAAUCCACUUCUCCAGCAGAUACUACCAAUGCAACCCAAAUGCCAUUUUUUCUCAAGAUGGAGUUCACUGUCUCACGUGUGCCAUGAUGCUGCUGAACACAGACCUGCAUGGACAUAAUAUUGGGAAAAAGAUGACCUGCCAAGAGUUCGUUGCUAACCUCCAGGGAAUGAAUGAUGGCAAGGACUUCCCGAGAGGGCUCUUGAAGGCCCUCUACAAUUCAAUCAAGAAUGAGAAGUUGGAAUGGGCAGUGGAUGAAGAAGAGAAAAAAAAAUCUCACUCGGAUGGUACAGAUGAAAAAGAUAAUGGGAACCAGACAAAGGCUGUCAGUCGAAUUGGCAAUUCAAAUAACCCAUUCCUGGACAUCCCUCAUGACCCCAAUGCUGCCGUGUAUAAAACUGGAUUUCUGGCUCGGAAAAUCCAUGCAGAUAUGGACGGAAAGAAAACUCCCCGGGGAAAACGAGGCUGGAAAACCUUUUAUGCUGUGCUGAAGGGAACGGUCCUGUACUUGCAGAAGGAUGAAUAUAAGCCAGAAAAGGCUUUGUCAGAGGAAGAUCUGAAGAAUGCAGUUAGUGUGCACCAUGCGCUGGCAUCCAAGGCAACAGACUAUGAGAAGAAACCCAAUGUCCUCAAGCUUAAAACAGCAGAUUGGAGAGUCCUGCUUUUCCAAGCCCAGAGCCAAGAAGAAAUGCAGACCUGGAUCAACAAGAUUAACUGUGUGGCUGCUGUCUUCUCUGCACCACCAUUUCCAGCAGCAAUUGGCUCUCAGAAGAAGUUCAGUCGCCCACUUCUGCCAGCCACCACAACAAAGCUAUCUCAGGAUGAACAGCUGAAGUCCCAUGAAGCUAAGCUGAAGCAGAUCUCCACUGAGCUUGCUGAACAUCGCUCCUAUCCUCCUGACAAGAAGCUCAAAGGCAAGGAAGUAGAUGAUUACAAACUGAAGGACCACUAUCUGGAGUUUGAGAAAAAUCGCUAUGAGAUUUAUGUUGGCCUACUGAAAGAAGGGGUGAAGGAGCUGCUGAGCGGAGGAGAGAACGAUGCACCAGGACUGAAGAAAUCCCACUCAAGCCCUUCUUUGAAUCAGGAGUCUCCAGUUAGCGCCAAGGUGAAACGCAAUGUCUCAGAGAGGAAGGACUACAGGCCAGAAACACCCAGCAUUAAGCAGAAGGUCACUUAGGGUGGAAAUGACAGCUAGGGGAACAGCCAUGCAGCAAAGUAUUGGUGGUCAAAUUUUUUUCAUUUAAUAACCUGUCAUUCACAAAAAAUAAGUGCAUCUGCCUGAAUGGGGUGUUAGUGACAUUUUCUAUUGUAUAUUUUGCUGUUUCUGUGCAGAUUGUGGGAGAUGUCUUUGCUCCUGCUUUGCUUUGCUUUGUUAAUUUAUCAUUCAGCAGUUGAAGCAUCGGGACUUUUUUGUGUUGUUCUGUUUCUAAAGGAACUGGGGAAGGGGUAGAGUGCUGUGACGUUUAUUCUGUCUCCUCCCCAUUUAUCUCCUCCCAUCGGCAUGUGGCUUUCAUCUCUCAAGUCACUUGUCACUUUAUUUGAGUGAUGGGUGGGAAAAAUAACUGGACAAGUGCUGCAGUGCUGUGAAUAUGAGCUGUAGCUGUGAGAACUGUGCAAACAUGCAGCUACAGAAGGCUGACUAGAGGUUAGGGUGCUGGGAACACUAGUUUCCUGACAAUGUGGGGCAUGUUGGUACUGAUACUUAGCAGCAGGUGGUACAGUAAAUAGUCACUGUUGCUUAUUGUUACUGCAUUGACCCUGGACACAGGAGUGCAAAGAAAUGAAACCUGGAAACCUCUGGCAGUGCUGGGGUGACAGCAUUGGAAUAAUUUGUUUGCUUCCUUCCAAGCAGAGAGCCUUCACCUGAGUUUGCAGGCUGGAAGGCAUCCAAACCCAUGCUGUCUCUGCAGUCAGGAAGAUUAGCAAUUACCCAGUUGGAAUGGCUAUCUGGGCUUCACAUUUAUUUGCAGAGAAGGCUGCUGUAGAUGUCAGCCAUUAGCAUUAUAUAUUAAUUAUAUAUAUUAGAGACAAAGGGCCUCUGUGUAGUUUUUAACUAUACGCUCUCACUUAGCUGCUAUAUAGAGCCUUAUGAUAUAUUGUGUCCUGUUGCUUCCCCUUCCAGGGGUUUCCUUGUUGGUGUGCACAGAGAGCUGCUUUCAGUUCCUCUCAUAGUGACAAAGCACUUUGCCUUUUUUUUAUUCAGAAAGAGAUUCUCCUCAGUUCUCCAUUUUCCUUCUUUAGCUCACAUACAAGUGGAAGAAGCUCCUCACAGUUGCUGUAUACCCUGUGCCAGGCUUUCCAAGGGGAGCACAGGACUGGGAGAGACCACCAUGGGUAAAUAUUUUCAUACCUGAAAGGCCCCUGUUUGUGCCAUAGACCCUUGGGAUGGCCAGCAGCUUUCAGGCACAGAAAGCAGAAAGAUGACACAGAAAUAAUUUCCCUGCUUCCCAGCCCCUCUUGUGUGGGCACUGUCAUGGUUCUGCAGAGAGUGCUGGCUCUCCUGUUACCUAACCUGUUUCCUGAGUUUUAAUCUCAGUUUUUAUACUGGUGCACAGGGUGAGCUUGGACAGGUCUCUCCCAUUUUGUGUCACCCUUUCCCUAUAUGAAUUAGUACAACCAAACUGGCCUUUCCCACAGAGCGCCUUGGGAGAUAAUGUUGAGGGCCAAUUGAAAAUUACUCCUUGCUAUUCAUUCUGUUGUGCCUGGCACAGGACAGCCUUCCUGAUAAAUGCAAUUCUUAAUGCAUAUAGAAAUGUCAAGAUCAAUGCAAGGACUGUUUAGAAAUGCAGUGGUGUUUUCAGCCCAAGUAGUCAAAGAGCCACACAUCAAAAAAAUUGCCACCUGAGUGGAUGUGUAUUCUGUCAGGCUUCCCAAGAGUCCAAGUCAAUUCAUCUAGUUUAUUGAGCUGCCAGUCCAGUGGGCAGAACUGGGAGUGAUCAAAGAGAAAAGGCCCUUAACAGGCACUGCAUGACUUGCCUCCCCUACCGAGUACCACCAUGCAACAGCUUUCCUGUUGUUGUGCUGACUGUUGGCUGUAAGAAUGAUGUUGCACUCUCAGAUCUGAGGUUUUGGGGCAAAUUGAUCCUUGCAGCUGCAACCUGACAGCAAAACAGAUGAGACUGCUCUCACGAGUGAUGUUGGGAUGCGUAUCCGUCUGGCAUCUGCCACUGAGAGUGGCUGCUCUGUGCUAAAAGUCAGGAGGUUGGCUCCUAACCUUGGCCACAUUGCUAAAAGCUGCAGAGUCCUGACUGGAAACUGGCAGUGUUUCCCAAGUGCUGGGGCUUCAGAAUUUGUGCAUUCCUGCUAAGGUGAAGUUAACAUUUAAUUCUCUCCUUGAGGAAGAGAAAUCUCUGCUGUUGCUGGAACCAAGGGGAUGUGGUGCAGCUUAUUGCUUGGGGAGAUUCAGUGUAGAAAGAAGCAUGAUAGUGCUUAUUGGGAGGGAUUGUUUCACGUAAUUAAGAGUGGUAGAUCAACAGUUCGUGGAGGGGAAACAAAGAUAGAUCCCUGCAGUAGUUUGUCAUGCUUUGGAGGUUGAAAAUGAACAGGCAGAACAGAGAGAAGAAAUUCAGUUGGGGAAUGCUGAAUGCACAUUUGGGAAGAAUACUUGACCUCUCUGUUAUGAUUAAGUAGUGGUAUUCCCCAACUGAGUGUUGCCACUGAGACUCUCCAAACUACAUGGUCCUUGCUUGCUCCCUCCUUCCCCUCCCCAUCCUUGCAGUGGGCUGGAGAGGAGGAUUGAAGGCAUAAAAGGCAAAGAUCACAGGUUGAGAUAAGAAUAAGUUACUGGAAAUGGUAAUGAGAUCAGAAGAUGAAUGGUGAACAACAACAGUAUUAAUAACAGAGUGUUCAAGAAUGCUCACUGUGCAGAACCCAACAAUACCCAAACACUCACUUCCCAAUAUCCUGACCCAGAGGGGACAUCUUCCCCUGUUCCUGGAAAAUGACAUGAGGUGGUAUAGAAUAACCUUCAAGUCCAAUGCCCUUGCAUGGCUACUGCAAAAAUUAAUCCCAUCCUGGCCAGAACCAGUACGUUAUUUUAUAUAACAAUAUGACUCAUGCAGCAGACACAAAACCCAAAAAAGGUGCAGAUCUGUAAAUGACCCUGUUUGACCGUCAGAGUUGAGUUGACUAGAUGAUCUUUUUGAGGGAAGGCUAGAACAUGUUUGGCAAACCUCUUGUGUUUAUGGAGUGCAGUGCUUCAAAAGGCAAAGAGGUGACAUUUAACUUUCUUCUUCUCUGGAUUUUAACAUAUUUUGGUUGCUGAAAAUUCUGGUUAAAUUGCUGAGCUCAAAAAGAAAUUACUCCUGUUAAAUGCAUUCUCCAGCUUUGACACAGAAACUUCUUCAUAGUCAUUGCAGAAAAGAUGAUUUGAAGCAAUAGGAAAAAUCAAAAAGUGAACUGUAAAAUGAUGUUUUUUUCAUUAUUUAUUAUCUAUUUUCAUGUAUACUUGUAAACAGAUUAGGUUAUAUCUUUUUUUGGGUCUCAUCUGGGCAUAUCAAAUGCAGUUUUUCACUGCAUUUUUUAGUCAUUAAAUGUUUGUCGAGCUUAGAGCAGUUUUGCUGAGACUGCUGAGGCAUGCAGAUUAGUUUACCCAGAAUAUAUGGUUUCUGCUGCAGUUCUAAUUGGUGCCAUUUUCCUCUGUUACUUUAUAAUUUAUAAGCAUCCCAGGCACCCAUGUAGAAAUGCAUGCUUUUGAGACCAAGAAAAAAAUUUGAUGCCAUUGUGAAAGUCUAAGACUUCUGCCCUCCCUUGGGAAUAGGUUCAUCUACCAAUCAGUACUGUAAUUUGUUUUUUUCCCUCCUGCUGAUACUGUAAAGGGUGGGGCAGGUUCUCAGGCAGUCUAAGUGAUGCAUCUCCUUGAAUAGCUUUGCAUGGUACGCUACACCCUGCCUUUCUUUGCUGAAAUGUUUGCCUUUAGGGGAGAGCAGUGCUUGACUGCAGCGACUCAGGAGCUCUGGUCGCAGUAUGUAAGGAUAUUCUGCUGUUUUCAAGCCCUCCUCUGGGUCUUGAGCUGCAAAUCACUGGAGCAGCCUGCAGUUUUCUGGUUGUGCUCAGUGCAAGCAGGAGUUACUGGCUGGCCGCCAUGAGCAUGUCUGCAUGCGGGAGAUCCUUUGCAUUGGUGACGCAGGGAGGUGUUACCCUUCCUUGUCACUCUCCCUGCUCCAGUGUGCUAUCACUGCUCAGGCAAAGCCUCUGCCUGCAUGUAGAGAGUGGGGAUGCAAAGAGGGGAGCAGGCUGGAGCCAACACCUCCUUGCUUCGCCUUUCUUAAGGUGCAGACAGUGGUUCUGGAUUGACCCACCCUGCUUUGAAGUGUUGCUGGCUUGCUCAUCCUCUAGGAACUGGAUCCUCUGCUAUCCCCAGCUAAGGAAGGAAAGACAGGAAAGGGCCCCACUAGUCUGCAUCUGACAGCAGAGAGCUGAUCUCAACCAAAGUGACUGAGAUACUCCUCUGAAGCCAAAACCACACUCUCCUCUAUGAGUCAGCAGGAUGCAGAGGACUGGUUGGGAUGGUUUUUGUUCAUCAGCAGCUGUGAAAGAGACUCCCUGGACUGACUUGUGUGUUUGUCUGCAUCUUGCAGAUAAAUUAUGCGUGAAACAGUGAACAUGACUACAGCUUCUAAAUCCAGUAUUUAUGUUGUGUCUUUAAUUGAUGUAGAGAGGUAAGUCAGCCAGCAGAGUGAUUAAUGCAGUAGGGUUGUGCUGGAACACUAUUCAGCUGUGUUGCCGACUCAGAAUUUUUCAUCGUAGCCAGUCACUGGUAAAUGGUUACCAGAAACUUUCUAAUGAUUAGCAACAGCUCCUCACUAAAAUACUUUCCUUCUGAUCCUGCCUGCUCCCAGGUUGCAGUCUGUCCAUGUUAAGAGGCUGUCCUGGAGAGCCCUGCUCUGCACAGCCCUGCUUUGAGGAGGAGUUUGGCCUUGCAGACCUCCAGGGAUUGGAAUCAUUCAAUGACUUUUCACAGCUCCACUGCCUUUGGAUAACAAGGCUGAUUGCUCUUCUGACUUGAAAAAGCCAAAACUUUUGCCUUUUUCCAGUGGGGAAAUGAGGUUUUUGCUUGACUAGAGCAGGCCAUUCAGUGAAGAUGUGGUUAUGGCAGUGGAGGAAGUCAGAGAUGGCAGGGUUAUCAUCAGGCUUUUUGGAGGCAUUGCAUGGCAGUCUUCUCCUUGAAAGUGGGAAAGGCUUUUCUCUGCAGAUGGCAUAGUGCUUACUGUAUCUGCAUUCUCCAUUUCUAAAUGAAUUUUGGUCUUAUUGCAGUUAGUCUGACAGCUCCUCCUCCUUUUCUGACAAGCUGCUCUUGUCUGUCGUCUUAGCACCUCAGCUGCUUCUGUAUAACAGGUCUGUUUCCUUUCAUGCUUGCAGAAAUCCAGAAAAUUUGACUCUCCCAUCUUGCAUUGAGAAAACUUGCUCUAAAGUAGUGCUGUGUUGAGUGGAUAACCCUGUGAACAACUUUUUCACUCUGCUUGUUUGUAGCCUGUGUUUCCAGCCACAGUUAUAGCUGGGAGGUGCAAGACCGAGUUUUAGACUGCCGUGAUCCUCUAGUUGUGUGCUGCAGGGAUGCAAAGUCCCUCCUCCCACACUUAGACCAGACACACUUGCAACAUUCCUACUCUUCUGGUAUCCAGGUUGCUGGAAACACUGGCUGCUUCUGCAGGGUUAAAAGCAGUGUACGCAUCUUAUGUCAAGCAAUCUUGCAGCUUGCUGCUUGUUUAAAUUUUCUCCAGUAUUGCUCUCCCCAGGCUCUGGGAUUUCACAUCUGCUCUGAGGGGGCAGUUAAGAAGUCCACAUUUCUCGUCAGUGCUCCUCAGCAUGUGUUCUCAGCAUCUGGUAUCUAGGCUGCCUAGAGGGAUGAACCACAGAAGCUGUCUCAGAAAGAGCUAGUCUGCAGCUUGUGCUUUUUAAAGGAUAUUUUUAGUGCAUAUAGAAGCAGUAUGUCUGGCCUCUCCUCCCCUCUCUGCCAGAGCUCUCCCAGCAGCAUAGGUGUAGCAUAGUGAGCUGCUUCACCUGGAGCUUCAUUAUGAGGACCUGAGCUCCAGGAAGAAGAGGCUUUGUCAGCCUUCAGAGAGUUUAUACCACCUGAGCUGAGCACCAGUGCACAGGAAAAUGACGCUGUGGGAAGAAGCCAGUGCCACCAUCCAUGGCUGGUCACCUGCUGGAGACUGUCAGCUCUAGCACUGCCUUCUGUGCUGGGGAUAAUGAAAAACUCUGGCUUCUUUUUCUCUCUAGUCUGUGCUGCUUGAGGAGCUGUCCUUACCACCCACUGCUUUUCUCCCUUGUGACAGCAGCACCCUUAAUCCUAGGUCCCUUUGUGAGGAGACUGGUUGACAUGAGAGCAAGGAGGACAGGUCCUUGGAAAAAGUCUGAAUGCCAUCUGGGAGUAUCUGCUCUGCUGAUGGCAACAUCCAGUUGAACACUGAAAGGAGGCAGGCCCGGCCUUGGCUGAGAGAAUGUGCUUUGCUGAUAUAUUUUGUUAGCUGCAUUAAGAUUGUGUUUUAGUUAUUUAUUAGAGCCCAUCCCUUACCAAAUGCAAGCAAGAACUUUCCCAAAGGUUUGGACCAUUGACCUGACUUCACCCUUAUGGUCAGAAGGAGCAAAUUUAGGCUAGUCCAAAGCGUUCUCUCUUCCUCACCUUUGAACGCUUAAUUAUUUCCAUAAAAAUUAUAAUGUUUAAUCAAUGAGGGACCUCCCACAGCAUCUGCUUUUAAAUCUGGGCCAGGAAGCAGCUGGGGUACAGGCCAGAGGUUUAUUUGGACCAAUAAAGGUACAUCACUUAGCAAUGCAAGCAUUGAAAGUGCAACAAGCCACAAGGGCAGAAUUUUCUCUGACAUAAACCACUGUAAUUAGUAGCCGCUCUAGCAGUGAUCCUGUCUGUAACUCACCUAAAUGAGAGUAGGACAAGAAGAUACUUUUUGUCUAAACAGGUGAGGUUUCAGCUUGGGGCAAUUGAGUGUCAUGGUGUAGUGAUGGAGCAGCUAGCUAAGCUGCCAUGGAGACUUGUUUGACACAAAAUCCUCCAACUGCCCUUAGCCUCUUACUGGGAAGAGGGCGAUAGAUAAAUGCUAUCGAGUCUGUGUCACCACACAGGGCAAACUCUACUGGUAAUGUAAGUCUUAACUCACACACUUAUGAAAAUCUCAUGCUCAGAGCUGUCAGAUUCUGAAAGACUGUAGGAUGAGAACAGGGGUGGGUUGUGGUUGAGUUUUUUUUAAAUUUGUACAUAUUCAUGAUAACUGUGUCCUCUUACAUGAGUCUAGAAUUAUAAUUUGGCUUAAAGGACAGAGUUUUUUGGCUGUUUAAAAACUUUAAAAUCACUCCUCUGUUUGAGGUACACUCUGAGGCUUACAUUACUUGGUGAACAUGUUUAAGUGAUGCCUAUAGAUGUGUGUAUUUCGUAAGUGUAGUAUGGCUUCUAUGGCUCAGCACUGCAAAGCCUGCUGUUCUUUUCUGAGGCUUAUUUGGUCAAAGCACUUCUGCAGCUGCAAACAUUGUUAGGGUGCUUGUUCUGAUUGUUCUCAAAUGAGGUUAAACAGCUGUCAGAGCUUUUACAGGUUUAAGGUACACUUUGAGCUACCUUUGAUCUUCAUGUGUUGUCCACCAGGGGCUGCCUGUUGUUCUGCAUGUUGAAAGCAAGGCAUAUAUUUGAGAGUCUAAGCAAGAGUUAGUGGGUGGAAUUUUUGACUAGCUUAACAUUGGGCUGACUUUCUCCCUGGUUAUAUCACCUGAUGCCUGUACAAGGAGCAUCCACACUGACUUCUGAAAACCAUGCUCUGGGCAUCUAAUACACAGCUUUACUUCUGAAAACGUUGACCUUGCUCUGUGAAAAUUCAGCAAAGGGACAUCAUGUCCAAAGUGUCCAAGAAGGACAGGUGCCUGUGAUGUCUCCUGCAGAUACAGCCGUACAGCAGUAUUGAGGGUUUUUUUCUUUUCUGCAACUGUACAAAUUUCCAGAAGGGUGGCUCAUCAGCAGGGAAAAGAGAGCAGCAGGGCUGAAAUAUCUCUCUUGGGCCUCCGAGAGGUUUCUCUUGGGAGCAUUAAACCACCUUUUAACAAGUUGCUCGUCUGAGGAAAAAGACACAGGGAAACUCAGUGGGUUUUCCUAUUGUGCUCUAGUAAGGGCAACAGUGGCGUGAUACACAUUCUUCUUGGAAAGAGAGAGCAAAACCUGAGGGUGUGAUUCUUACCUGGAGUCAUAAAACUAUCGUGCAAUUAGGUUGAAGCACUUCAGUGAAACUAUACCUUUGCAUUUCACUGGACCACAGCCAGAGUGAUUGUGUCUUGCAGAACUGAGAUGCAAGUGAACUGCAGAAUGAAGUGAAGGGGACCAGCCUGUCACCUUGCUUUGGGCAAACUGUAGUCCUGUAAUCUUUUUUCAGGUACUGGGCUUUUCCCUUGGGUUUCCUGCCCUCCAUGGUGAUGGGAAGAUGUGGGUGAGCGCUGUCAGUUUCAAAGUCACAGUUAAAAAGUGUCAUUUACCCUCCACCUGAGCUCUUGCAAUGUUGUUUUCCCUUAGGGUGAGAAAGAGAAUUGAAUUUUCUGUCAGUGUUGCUGGGUAGCCAUAUGGGAAGCAUAACUCUCAGCAGUGGUAGUACAGAAAAAUAUUUUGCACAUGCGUGUACAUACACCUUAUACGUCUCUUAUGUGCAGAAUUAACCUUACAGGGCUUGACAGCAGUCCUUGCAAGACCUUUCCUUGGGUGGUCUCCUAACGCUUUUGUGAUGUGUAGGAACCUUCUUUCUGGUAACCUUGAAUUCAGUUUACUCUCAUCACUGAACUGCUGGAGUGUUCUUCAUGUAGUACACUAAAGACACAGUUCCAGUCUCACCGCUUUGUGGUUCUGCUGUGAAGCAACAACAUUGAGGUAGCCAUUAAAUCUUUUCCAGCAGCAUGGAACUUGCUGUUCUGACUCUUGAGGGUCAUCAUCUCAGGUUUGAUGCUGUCCUACCACCAGGACGUCCUGUUUUGGCCCUGGGAAUAGGCAUAGCCAGAAAAGCAUACUGGGUGGUUGGAGUCAGAGCUGUGCAGACUUAAGUCAAGCCCUGGUUUAGGGCAGAUUUUUCCAUGUGCUGCUGAUGUCCAUAAGGACUAAAACAUAUACUUGCUUACACAGAGAUGCUUUCCUGAAGCAGAGUUGUCACUCUUUUCUACAGGUAUCACAGGAUGCCCUCCCUUAUUCUGCUUCAUGUAUCUGGUACUAGAAUGAUCAUUUCCUGAUAAAUGAAGGCACUUAAUCAGUCCUCUUCCCCUUGGAAGAAGGACUUUUGGGGAUAUUGUUAUAUCAUUUAAAAUAAUAUUUUGGAAUUUAAGUUUACAUUGCUUUAUUUUUCACUUGAGGUGACUGUAUAUAAAUAUUUUCCUCUAUUUUAUCAUUGCUGAUAAAGUAAGCCUACAGUAUACAGACAAAUAAUUUGCCUUUGAUGUAUUGAAACUGUGAGAUAUAAAGUAGACUUCUCUCUUGUGUCCAUGUUCCUGACUAUAACUCUGUUCCUCUGUGUUUUUAUAAGUUGGAAUAAAUGUUGCUUACGGGCAACAAAGAGCCUGCAAGCUUCCCAAUAAUUUUUAUGUCAUUGAACUCAAGCAACCCUAUUGAAGGAUCUCACAUAUGUAUAAUGAUAUAUGUAUAUGUACAAACUUUAGAAAGAAAUAAACCAAAUGUAUUUCACGUUCUGCA